GCCUUACAGAGAGCACUUCGAAAUUAUAGGGUUUUUCUUAGAAGGGGUUUUAAUUUCGCUCUCUCUCUCGAAAACAAAAAGUAAGAGCUUCAGAUUUCGUGAAUUAAUGGCGGAUUCAUCUACUACAGGAGGACUACCUUAACCUUCCUUAUUCGUACACGUCUCACCCCUAAAUACUCUUAUUCUACUUUGAACCCUAAAUAAUCCUAACGAAACCCUAAUCAUUUCUUGUUUCUUUUCUUAGCAAUGGCGGAAGAACCAGCAGUAAAUCCUUGUUGUUCUGUGUGGAAAUUUCAAUACACGGAGGUAGUAGCGAAAAGGAAUGCUCUUCGAGAAGCCGUCAAGCUUCUUAAUGCUCAUAUCAAUAAGAUUCAGGCUGAGAAUCUUACUAUCUCCAAAGCAUUAGAGGAAGAGCGAGGACGAGUGGAGGCAGAGAAACAGGCAAAAGUUAAAGAAACUGCUGUCAGAGUAGAGUUAGAGAAUGAGAUCCUGCAGUUGAAAUCAGAGAUUACAUCCUUGCAGGAAACUGCGUUUUCAAGAGGUCUAGAUGAAGAGUUGCUUCAGUCCCAGGUUACAGAAGGGGAAGCAGAAAUUAAACGUCUCAAGGAGCUUCUUGAGAAAGAAAAGAAGAGGGGAGAUGCUGAAAAAAAGAAGGCUGAAGCGGAGAAGAAGAAAGCUGCAGAAGCAUUAAAGCUAUUGAAAGCUGAAACAAGUAAAUUGGAUGGAGGAAAACAGCUGGUUGAUAAUGAUCUGAUUCAGAAGCAAGUUUCAGAUGGGGUAGCUGAAAUAAAUCGUCUCAAGGAGCUACUGGCAAAGGAAAAGAAGAGAGGAGACGCUGAAGAAAAGAAAGCUGAGGCGGAAAAGAAAAAAGCUCUAGAAGCUCUCAAGUUACUGGAAGCUGAAAAGAGUAAAUUGGAUGGAGAAAAACAGCCGAUUGAUAAAGAUAUGAUUCAAAAGCAGGUCGCAGGCAAGGUUGCUGAGAUAAAUCGUCUUAAGGAACUACUGGCCAAAGAGAAGAAGAGAGGAGACUCUAAAAAGAAGAAAGCUGAGGCAGAAAAGAAGAAAGCUGAGGUAGAAAAGAAGAAAGCUCUAGAAUCACUCAAGUUACUGGAAGCUGAAAAGAGUAUAAUUGAUGGAGAAAAAAAGAAGGUUGAUAUGGAAAGAAAUCGAGCUGAGGAACUUAAGACCGCUUUGGAAGCCUUGAAAUCCGAGGUUAAUGAAGCCAGAAUAAAACUCGGUACAGAGAGAUCAAAGAAUGAAGAAGCACAGAAAAAGCUAGAAGCUGAGAAAAACAAGGCAAAUAUGGAGAAGAAAAGAGCAGAUUCUGAAAUGGCAAAAGCAGAACUACAGAAGAGGUAUGCCGAAGAAGAGAGAAAGAAGCUAUUGAAUGAAAAAAAUAGGUCAGAUGAAUUGUCUCGGAGGUUGGAAGAGGAGAAAAAGAGGAGUGAAGAAUUGGGAAGGAAGGUGCAGGAUAUCAUGUACACUGAGAAGUUGGAGAAGGUCCGUCCUGAAGAGUCAGGUAGACAGCAUGAAACUGAGCAGUUGGAGGAGACGCUGAAGAAUAAGCAAUUGCAGAAGAAGGAUUUCGUGUCUACUAGAGAAGUGGAAAAUGUGAACUUAGAGGCUGCUGCAAAUGCAAAUAUGGUGUUCUUGAAGAAACAGUUGGAGCUUGAAAAGAAGCAUGUAAAGCAUGCUAAAAAGGUGGCUAAAUUCGAAAAAAAACGGAAUAAUUUGCUACAGCAAGAAAUCUGCCGCUUAAAACAAGAUCUUUUCCAGUUCUGUCAUCGAGUUAAUUUGCUAGACGGCUGUUGCUCUCAUGGAGACGAAGGUAUAGAUGCUUCUGCAAAGAUCAGCAACCGAUUGUGUGUGCUAGAUACAAACUUGAAGGGAAAGCUUUCAGGUAAGAAACCAUGUGAAAUGUAUUGUGAAGGAGAAAAUGAGGUUGUUAAAGCACAUCACACUACCAAGGAUGGUUGUGACCAUGUUGGUGCAAAAUUAGCAUUGUAUGGUGGCAGCUGUACCAAACAUUUAUCAGGUAUUAGUUCUGAAUUGGAAUCUGUGAUGGAAGGUUCUGCCAGAAACAAGUCACAGAACUCUGCCAUAUAUUCCACUACCACAUCUUUUUCUGAUAGAACAUUGGUGGGCUCACAGGGAAGAGGCGAUUUUUCUUUGACAACAUCGCCAAAAGUUUCAGAGGAGAACAAAAGCAAAGGACCCAACUUCCCCAUAGUGUCUGAUAUAAUAACCAAACUGAGGCAUGCCGAAAAUCUUGGAGUGGUGGCUGAAAAUAAGAUCGCAAGUCAAAAUGGGCAUGACAGUGUCAAAAUUGAUGGCAUAUCUCCUUCACAUAGCAGGAAAAGGAAGAGGUCCCGAGAUACAGUGGAAUCCAUUAAGUUUAUGAGUAAUGAUAAUAAAUUACUGAAGAGUAUAGAUGGUAAACUCUCUACUCUACAUGAUAUGAUACUCUUGAAUAGCAAUCUGGCUCCAGCGUCGAAGUCCAUUGUCUCACAAAAUGGGAUAUGUCAGAUUUCCACAUCACAGGAUGAUCAGUAUGGCAACAAUAACAGAACCAAAAGAAAGAAAAAUCUGCUUGAGGAACAGGCUGAUGUGCAGCAGAUAGGGAAUAAAGCAAUCGAAGUGCAUGGGUUUGUAAAAGACUGCACCCAGGCCAUUUCAAAUGUAAACCAGUUCUCUGAAAAUGUUCUUGCCUGCAGGGAUGAAUCAGUUGAUGCAAUUAGAACCAACGAAAAUGAUUAUUCUUGGUUUGAAAACUUGGCCGAUGUGGAUUUUAUGAAAUUGCUGGAUUUGGAUGAUGCAGCUGACGAGGAGAGAUAUAGAAUGGCAAUAGAAAGGCCUCAAUCACCUACACUGCCUGAAAUCAACUGGGGGCUCUUUGAAGAAUGUGAGAAAGAUAACUGCAACUAUUUACCAGAGCAAGGCUUGUCCAGUGUAUUGGGCAUAACUGUAGAGAACAUGUCUCCAUCUUGCAGCUUAAAUGUCAUUGGAAUGGAAAUUGAUUCUGACGUAUUGAAAUCUGGAAACUCUGAAAUGCAUGAUUCCUCGUUAAUGCAUCCAAAUGUGUCUUCCUGUAAAACAAAGACACUAUUGAAGAACAACGACUUACAUAGUGCUGCAAACAUGAGAGAGAUUUCUGCCUCUCAAGUCAUGGUGUCAACUGCUGAAACUCCGCUGUUGCAGCAGACGUCCAUUUCCGAGUCUACUGUUCUAUGUGCAAGUGAUGGUGGAUUUACGUGCAAGAUAACUUCAAAAUAUAUUGUUUGUUCGGAUGUUAAGGAUGAGAGCAGCAUUUCUAGGAUAAUUUCUGCAAGUGAAGCUUGUGUAUCUAAGGUAUCAAUGGUUUCUCAGACAGACUGGAUUGUUGACAAGAUUCUGUUUGCUCUUUAUAUGGAACAAGAUCUUCUACCCAAGGAGAGAGUCUGCACAUUCUUUUCGUUGUUGCUUUACAACUUCUCUUUGAUCAUCUCAAUGAAAUACAGAAACUUCUUGAGCGAAGAGUUCUCUGUUUGCUCGGCUUCUUUCAUGAAACACAUGCAAACAGUAAUGUGUGAUUCAGAGACGAAGCGCAUGCUUUUGGAGUUAUGGGAGAUGGACGCUGUACCUAAACUUAUUCAGGAUUUCCUCACAGAUAGAGAAGUGCUGCUUUACAAUGAGUUAUCUCAUGAACAGUUUGCCUCGCGUGAUCCUGGGAGUGUUGUCACCCUUUCUGCAAACGGCAUAAACAUUGGAGUGUCCUCUAAAACUGCUACAGUUGAGCAGUUGGUGAUUGGAAGCACUGCUGUGGCAUCUAUAUGUGCAGCAAUUGGCGACGUCGGUUUCGUUUGUGAAGUAUCAUAUGAUAUUAUUCAGAAGAACAUAUCUGAUUCUUACUAUUCUUUGACGGUGCUCCAUGUUUUCGCUUCCAUAUGUGGGAAACAGUAUUUCACCUCCGAUGGCUACAGUUUGAUUAUGACUGUUAUUAAAUCUAUAGUUGUACUUCUGGAGAAAGAUGAUGAAAGGGCUUGUAAUAUAUGUGCUUCAAUUCUCCUAUCUACUAGUGAGAGCGAACCUCGAUUUCCUCAAUGUGCACAUUGCAUCUUUUCAGAAGGUGCAGUUCCUGUAGAUCAAGUUAUGGCUUUUCUUUUGAAAAAGCUUUGUAGCUACUCUCUCUCAGCGGGCUUAUCAAAUUCUGAUGCUUCUGGUCCACUGAGAGAUGAACAAUGCCCUGAGGAUGAACUUUGCCUUGAAUCUUAUUCUGAUGUCAAUAGGAUCUCCUAUAGCGCCAAUGACUAUCUUUCUUUGGUGGAACUAGUGUCGCACUAUAUGAGUUGGAAGUGGACUUGCAGCAACACUAUCCCUCGACUACUUCAGAUGUUGGAAUCCCGUGCGUCUGAGGAAUUUACAACCGCUGUUCUUCUUCUUCUUGGUCAACUGGGAAGGCUUGGGGAUCACAAUAGUGGUGAGCAGCUAGGAGUUGAAGAGGCUCUAAGACGCAUGUUAUCUUCCUUUUUGGAUCAGAACUCUAAAUGUGGUCUUCCCACUCAAUUUGCCGCUGUACAUGCUUUGGUUGGUCUGCUCUCUAUCGAAUUUGAAGAUAUCAUUCAGGGUAAAGAACUUCCUGCUGGCCAUUACAGCGAUGUUAUAAGGAAGUGGUUUUCUAACCUUAGCGAAGAGAAAAAAUCCCUGCCCAUUAGCCUCCUCAAGUCUGCCAAUGUACAUGGGUGAGAUGCUUCACGUUUGCAAAAACUAACCGACAAUCAUAUGGCGUAACCCCGACUUCUACAAGGCUGCUGCCUGCUGUUAAAGCGCUUAAGAUUCCGAAAUGUGUAAGAUUUGUUGGAUGGAGUCUGGAUUGGCAUAACUAUUUUCUACUGUUAAGGCACUUUAGUUGGAUUGGUGAUUCUCUUCUGACCAAUUUAACAGGUUUUGGAUCUCUAAGCUGCCUUCUGGUUUGGGAUAAAAGGUUAUGUCUGUCUUACCUGCUGUGGAUGUAUUUUAUUAGCUGCAAACAAUGGUAUGGUUUCUCACCUUGUUUCAGAGACUAUUGGGGAAAACGGUAGUUGCUUUUAGAUCUGCUAAAUGCUGGAAAUAGGUUAAGUGGCACAUAUAGGUUUUUUUUUUUUGAGUUUUAAGCUCAUUUGUUGCCAUAAUUUUUGUAAUGUGCAAGAGUUUUGAGGGUAUUUUUGUAAUGGUAGAAUAUUGUAUUGAAGCUAGGUUAUGAACUGUUAAAGUAGAUCAAUUCUUUUGAAGAAGCUGUAUAUUUUUUGGCAAAUAGUUCUAUACACAGAAAGCUAUUUUCUAA